AUGAAUUAUGAACCAUUUAGAGUUGGAGUUCAUAAUUUUGUCAAGGACGCCUACAAAGAACGAAUCAAAUUAAGGUAGUUGUGAUCGUCUCUCUAACACAGCCGAAUUAUAAAGAACUUCGAGAAAUUCGCAGGAUAAGUUGUAAUUUAUCGGGUGGUUAUAGAAAUGAUAAUCGCGUUAUGUAAAAACACAGAAAGAUUUAAAACGUCCUCUACGACCACAACUCAAGAAAUUUGAGACAAAGUCGUGAGGCAGCAGUUACUUCCUGUUAUUUUCAGUAUCAAGAAGUUGCUCUGAUGACUCUGACGUUUCAUUUAUUUUCCUAUAAAAACAUUCCCCAUCUUUUUGAAAAUCAGGGGCGUAGGCAUCCCUAAACAAGUGUGGGUGGGGGUUCAAUCAUUGAAUACAUACUAGGAGAUCCGAAGCAUGGUUUCCCGGAAAAUGUUUCUAUUUUUAGUGUCUGCGAAACGCUAUUUCAUGCAUUUUAAACACGUUUUAUGAAAAUCUGAAAGCCACAGAUUUGGUAUAUUCUUAUAACAUUGAUGAAAGCAUUAAAAGGUUACCCCCCAGUCUCUCAUCAGUUUUGGAAGAAUUACAAAAUUGGUCCGGACGAAAGGUGGGGGGACCGGAUACCCCAUCACUUCGUGGAUACAUGUGUGCUUCCCCUAGCAGAAGUAUAAAUAUUGGUGUCGCUAUUUUAAGUUAUUCUAUAAGGCAAACGGCGAGUUAUUUUGAUCCAUCAAAUAUCCGGCAAUACCGUUGCAAUACCAGAGAACAUAAGUGGGAGGGGAGGGGAAUUUGGGGUAUACACCCCUAUUCCUUCUAAACUCACAUGCAAAAAUAGUUAACUUUUUCUUUCUUAAUCCCAGCGACAAAGGAAAUAUCGAUACUGCUGUCGAAUACGUAGACCUUUCCGACGAACGACCACGAUCUCGCUUCGGAGCUAGACUUUUACAUCAUUUGGCAUGGUUACAAAAAUUCUUCCUUGUGCUCCUCGAAAAGAGCUUGGAAAAAUAUGCGCUAUCCAUUUCACGACGGCCAUUUCAUGUGAUAUUCGUCUCCCUUUUUCUCGCCAUUGUCUUAACCUGUGGAUUUGUGAAGUUGGAGGUCGAGAAAAAUGUGAAAUACUUGUUUCUACCUGAAGACAGCGAGGCAUCACAGGAUAUACAAAAAGCAAGAAAUUUUGGUUUUGAACUUGAAUUUCGACAAGAAGAGGUUAUCUUUUUGUCAAAAUAUAACAAGUCUGUUCUGUCACAAGAGUGUGUGGCGGAAAUGAUUGAUUUGCAUAAGAUUAUCACUCAGAUAAAGCUUUACGACGAAUACUGCUUUAAACCAAACCAAAAUAGCGGAUGUGCCUCAAUAAAUUUGUUAGAAAUUUUCGGUUACCAAAAGAAACACUUGGUCAAUAUUUCACGGCGCAUUGAAACAAUACUCCAGACUGAUUCUUUUCUUAUGUCAAAUGGAAGACGACUUCAAGAUAAUUUCGACCAAAUCUUUGCGAAAUCUGUCUCCAAUGGUUCACUUGGUCACGCAAGCGCUCUAAGAAUUGUUUAUUUUAUGAAAGAAUAUCCGAGGGGAAAAGAGGGUAGAGAAGGCAUUUUAGAAUGGGAAAAUAUAUUUUUGAAUGAAGUAUCAUCUUUCACAGAAAGUACUACAUGUGCAAACAUUGUAUACGUGGCAGAACGGAGCCUGGACAAUUCAGUGUCAGAAACUACUGGAUCUGAUAUUAAGUUCUUUGCACUGACAUUUGCAAUUAUGGUGGUAUUCAGUGGUAUCGUAAACGGAAGAUGCGCAGAUGUUCGCUUUGGACACCAACUUUUAGGACUUGGUUCCCUGUUAUCCAUUUAUUUGGGUAUCACAGCCGCAUUCGGUUUUUUAAUGUACCUCGGUGUGCCCGUUGUCAGUAUGGUAGGUGUUCUGCCAUUUUUGGUCGUCAGUAUUGGUAUAAAUGAUGCUUUUAUUAUUUUACAAGAGCUGAACCAAAUGGUCGAUCAGAAUAUCCCUGCUAUGCAUAUGCUUAGUGGCACAAUGGCUAGAAGUGGACCAAAUACUAUCGUGACGACACUAACUAACCUCGUAGUAUUUGCCGUUAGCCGUCGUUCUAUCUUUCCCGCAAUUCGUUUGUUCUGCACAUACGCAGCGCUGACAAUUUGGUCUACAUUUUUUAUGCUGGUGACAUUUUUUGUUGGUUGCAUGUGGUUUGAUAUCAAACGAAUCACCGUUCAUGCUCGAGAUUUCUUACCUUGUUUAAUGACUUACCCUCCUACCGAAGACCGUACUGGUAUUCGGACUAAUAGAUUUGACAACAUAAUGAGAGCUUGGGGGAAGGUAAUAACUUCCUCUCCAGGGAAAGUUAUGGUCUGUCUGUGUUCCCUACUUCUCUUGUCCGGUGGUAUUUACGGCGCUCUCAAUAUAGACACAAGUUUCAACAAGCAAUUGUUAACAUCUGAAGAUUCAGACUACCAAAAAUUUAUGAGAGUUUCCGAAGAAAACUUUCAUCUUAAUAUCGAAGUAAAUAUCAUCUUCCCUGGACAUAUGGAUAUCUCAAGUCAGGAAAUUCAGAAAAUGUACAUUAUUGUUGAGAAUCUUGCUAAAAACAAUGCUCAUUUUAUAUCAGGAAGCAUAUCUUGGUUGUCCGAAUAUCUGUUGUGGGCAAAGAAGGAGAACAUUGAUAUAAAUGAUACCAGAAUCUUCCACAAAACAUUGUUAGAUUUUAUUUCAUUGCCAAAAUAUGGAAGAUUUGCUCAAGAUUUAAUAUUUUCUGAGAAUAAAACAAAUUUGAAAGCUUCAAAGGUUUUGGUAUAUUCCAAGAGUAGCCCCGACUCGAUCAUUCAAAGCAACAUGAUGGUCAGUAUAAGAGGAGAUCUGUCUCGUUCUACGUCUUCCACGGAUGUCGAUGCAUUUGCUGUUGCCCUACCUUUUAUCUACUUUGAACAGUAUACUCAUGUUCUUAACGAAACUAUCAGAAACUUAAUUGUUGCUGGAAUUUUAAUUCUUCUGAUAUCAUCCAUUUUCCUAAAUAAUUUUGUAAUAAUAAUUUGUCUACUGUGUGGAUUUCUCGCUCUUGUACUUGAAUUACUCGGACUGAUGUACUUAUGGAAUGUCUCAGUGAACUCACUUUCUAUGAUAUAUCUUGUUAUGGCUCUGGUAUUUUUUGCGGAUUACAACGGGCAUGUUGCUUAUCAUUUUGUUUCAUCCAAGGCGACGUCUACUGAGCUUCGAGUCAUUGAUGCCCUAGGCAAAUUUGGCGGUAGAGUUUUUCUCGCGGGGUUAAGUACUUUCCUUGGAAUAAUGCCAACAGGAUUUCCUACUUCUACAAUAUUCCAAUCAUUUUUUAAGGUGUUUGUUGGUAUAGUAGUUCUUGGUCUGCUUCAUGGAUUGGCUAUAUUACCUGUGUACCUAACACUUUUAGGAAAGAUAUUUGACUUCCGUGAAAUGAACAUUGACUCAAUUAUAAUAAAAUGGUUCAAGCAUGCAAGAAAACAGAAAUCCCACAAAACUAAAAACCCAAACUCAUCUGAACAUGUCGCAAAAGCUAAAAAUUCCAUUCCUGUAGCUAUAAUUGGAAUCGGCUGUCGUUUUCCUGCUGGAGCGAAUUCGAAAGAUGAAUUUUGGGAUAUGUUAGUGGACGGUCGAUGUGGUAUUGGCUCUUAUCCCACAAACAGACCAAACUCAAGAGAGUUUAUUGAUUGCUUCAAUUUAGGAAAGGAGACACCAGGAAAACAUUACGUGCUUAAAGGAGGUUUUCUUGAAAACAUUACUGGAUUUGAUGCUCCUUUUUUCGGCAUUUCCCCAACAGAAUGUCGCUCAAUGGAUCCACAACAACGCAUUUUACUUCAAGUUGUUUACGAAGCAAUUGAAGAUGCUGGAAUACGGCUUGACGAUCUACAGCAAUGUCGUACUGGGGUUUAUGUUGGAUUAAUGAACUUGGAAUAUAGUUCACUUGUUUUAGAUUCGUCCAAUAUUCGAAAAAUUGAUCAGUUUUCCUCCACUGGAUGUGCAAUGUCCGUUCUCGCCAACCGCAUUUCUUUUUCAUUAAAUUUAACCGGUCCCAGUCUGACUCUAGACACAGCGUGUUCAUCAUCCUUAGUGGCCUUUGACGUUGCCUUUGGACAUCUACAAACCGGUGAAUGUGACGUGGCCAUUGUGUGUGCAGCAAAUAUUCUUCUGAUGGGUAACAAGUUCCACACAGCAUGCUGCAGGACUGGAUUGUUAGCCCAAGAUGGUCGUUGCAAGAGCUUCGAUAUAAAAGGAGAUGGAUAUGGUCGAGGUGAAGGUGUAGCUGCGGUUGUGAUCAAACCAACCAAAAUAGCUCUAGAUGAUAGAGAUGAUAUUUAUGCAGAAGCUGUGGCAUGUGGUGUGAAUAACGAUGGACAAACAGCCAUUCCAAUGACAGCACCUAGUGAAGUAACUCAAUCCGUUUUGUUUCAAAGAGUCCUUCAAGAAUCUGGUUUUUGUAAGGACGACAUACAAUAUGUUGAAGCACAUGGCACUGGAACAGCCGUAGGUGAUGUCGUUGAAAUGGGAUCAUUGGCAACCGUUUAUGGCAAUAGCAGUAAGAGAAUACUUCGUCUAGGAUCAGUGAAAUCAAACAUAAACCAUACUGAAUCAACUGCAGGAUUAGCUGGGUUAAUCAAGACAUGUCUGAUGAUAAAAUAUGGUCAGUUUGUUCCGACCAUUAACGUUGGCGAAGUUAAACCACAGCUUAAGAUGACUGCAAGAGGAAUGAUGGUACAAGUUUGUAAUGAGCCUUGGAAUACCGAAGGUGGAAAACCAAGAACGGCUGCGGUCUCUUCAUAUGGCUUUGGUGGUGCUAAUGCACAUGUAAUCGUCAGAGAAGUAACCAAUAACACUGCAACUGUAAUUCCGAAUAGAAGUACAUCUAGCAGAGUUAUGACGUUGUCAGCUGCUUCAAAAGAUGCAUUAAGAGCAAUGGCCAGGAAAGUAUCUCGGUCGUUUAAGGAGAAGCCAGAUGAUGAUGAGCUUCUUAAAGAUAAUAUUUGCUAUUCCCUGAACGAGAGAUACACUGUGCAUUCUCAUCGUUUAGCGCUUAGCUUUUCCUCGUUUGAAGAUGCAGCAAAGGUUUUAGAGAAGUUUGCCAAUCAAGAGAAAGGUUGGGAAGAAUUAGUGGCUACUGGUGACGUAACUAAAACGCGUAAUAAAGUCGUGUUCCUCUAUGGUGGUCAAGGAGCUCAGUGGUAUGGAAUGGCAAGAGAGAUGUUAUUACAUGAGCCGAAGUUUAGGGAAAGCAUUGAAAAGAUUGAUGCUCUCCUGAGACGAUACAAAGCGUCAUGGUCCUUAAUUACUGAGCUUAACAAGCCUGAAGAGACUACCCGCCUUCAUGAAAACUCAAUCGGACAGACAGCUGUGUUUGCCAUACAUUUUGCCUUAACCAAAUUACUUGAAUCUUGGGGUGUCACCCCGUCUGCUGUUCUUGGACACAGUCUUGGAGAAAUAUCAGCCGCCUGGGCAUGUGGUGCAUUACGUUUGGAUAAAGCGUUGCAAUUGGUUUUAUUUCGAUCUCUACUUCACGAGCAAUGUUCACCUACUGGUUGUAUGGCUGCCAUUGGUCUUUCAUACGAAGAUGCACGAAGUACGUUGCAAGACCUUGAAUUAGAAAAUGAAGUUGAUAUUGCGGUCGUUAAUAGCCCCGGUAACGUGGUUUUAGCUGGUGAUAAAACUUCAAUGGAGUUUGUUGAAAACCAUUUGAAAGUUGCACGGAGUGAUGUGUUCUGGAAGAAACUUGCUACAACACGAGCAUACCACAGUCGAGAGAUGGAAGAAAUAAAGCAGUCUUACUUCAAACUCACAAGUGAAUUCAACGUAGGUCAGACAUCAAGUAAUAUACCAUUUUACUCAACAGUUGCAGGUACUCGGUUAUCUGGUGAGCUUCUUUCACUCGAGCAUUGGUGGAAAAACAUCCGACAAGGUGUUUUACUAUAGCUUGCCUUGAGAACUAUGUUUUCAGAUGGCUACGAUUUCUUCAUUGAAAUAAACACCGCUCCUCAACUUUCAUACCAUGUUAGUCAGACGUGGUCUCAUAAACAAACACCAAUAUCCAUAAGCGCAAAUAAUGAUGUUGUAGUAGUUCAAACUCUGCCAAAACGCUCGGCCAGUCAACAGCACUUGUCGUUUCUUCAAAAUUGCGUCGCUCGUCUUUUUACAAAUGGUGUCCCACUAUCCUGGAAUAAAGUGCAAGGCUCAGGAUCGAAAUCAUUUUUUCCACGUCCAACAUAUCCUUGGCAAGAAACGGAGUUUUGGUACCGGGACGAGCAUCCGUCUGAAUUUGUGACAUUCCUCGAUGAACAGAAUGCCAAAGAAGAUAAAAGAAUCGUCACUUUCCAUCCUCUCCUUGGUAAAACUGUUCCAACGGAAACGUUCACGGGUUUGCACGCCCGGGAAUCUGAAAUCAAUUUACACAAUGUCUCAUAUAUAAACGAUCACAAAUUUGCUGAAUCUUCUGAUCCUGUGAUACCUGCAGCUGUUUACAUAGAAAUAAUAUUAGCAAUGUCAAUCCAUUUGUCUCCAAACGCGGCACCUGAUGUGCUAAACAUUAGCUUCAAUAAUAUGUUAACUAUAUCCAACAACGACUCGCACAGAAUUAGAACACGUCUUCUGCCCAAGGAAUGUCAUGGUGAAGAAAACCAAUUUCAAAUUACAAUUGUGCAAGACAACGAGAAUGAAAUUGUUCUCUCUGAAGGUUCCAUACAAUUAGGUGUUAAUGAUGGCUAUAGAAGCGAAGGUAAGAAGGCAAAUGUAAAUCAUCAAAUUUAGUUGAAAGACUUUGGUUUAUUUUCAAACGAUCUUUCUAGCACUAAACAUAAGAUAACUUUUAUGAAUGCGGCAAAAGGUUUAAUUGUAAACAUGCCAUCUUCAGUGCAACAAUAUGCUAUAUGUACUAUUUUGCUCACUGUUUCUCUUAACGUAUACCUACAAGCUAGUCCAUUGACAUUCCAUUGACAUUCCAUUUCUCUUGUCCAUUGUUUGUUGACAUUUCUCUCAAUUCUCUCUCAACCAAAGACUUUUGUCGUAUUUAUAAAAGUUGUGAUAUAGUUAUGUUGUUCCAUAUUCUGCAUUAAUGUGGGAUAUCGUGUCAUUCUCUGCUGGAUACGAUUUCAUCUAAUUGUCUAAUUUCAUCUAAUGUUAUUCGGCAUGAAUGUUCCAAAAUGAUAUAAACUAAACGUCCAUUAGAGAUGACGAACAAAGGCAAGGAGUUCCUGUCCUACAAAUUAAAAAAAUCAGUCUGUUAUAAAUAUAUAGAUAGAUAUAGAUAGAGAGAUGGAUAGCUAUCCAGAGAGUACUGGCUUUAUAUAAAAAUGGCUGAUUAUGUAUACAUGAAACAUGAAACAUAAAACAAAUACAAAAUAAUUUCUUGGUCAUUUCAUUAGGUUUUGAUAUUCAUCUAUGUUCUUUUUCACUUUAGAAUCAUCCCAAGGAAACCCUACCAAUCUUAAACAUUAUAAAUGUGAAAUGAGUAAAUGGUCGAAAGAUGAUCUUGAAAAACAACGUGAAAAGUUGGGUUUCGCAUUCGGUCCCCAGUUUAAUUUAAUAACAGACGCAUGGUCCAACGGCACUGAAGCACUUGCUCUCAUAUGUCCAAGUGAAGAGAUCAAUAAAGAAGCAUCAGCUUACAUUAUACAUCCUUCAGUAAUUGACGCGUCUUUCCAGACAACGCUUCUCGUCAAAGGUUUAGAAGCUAAAAGUGUGCCACAGAAGAUCGCACGAAUCACGAUCGUGCAAAAACCCACAUGCAUAGAACAGUUUUAUGCCCAUACAAAGAUCGUAGAAUCAGAGACCACGCCAAUCUGCAACAUCACCUUGAUGGAUCGUUAUGCUAGACCAGUGAUGAUUAUUGAAAAACUAAUCACAGCAGAAAUUGCAGCAGACAAAUCCAAAGCGACUUUUGAAAACACAUCAUUCGCUGUCGGUUGGGAAAAAUUAACGUCUGAAACUCCGCCAAUGAGUCAAAACAACGUUUGGCUUCUUCUUAGAGAUCAAAGCAAGUUUGCUGAACGGUUUUCUCAGAAUAUUCCACCGGAUGAAAGUGUCCAUUUUGUUGAUAUACCAGAUACCUCAGAUAAAACACGUAACGUUUUUUGUGAAGCAUUAGAUGAAGUAUUGAGCAAAAUGAAGAGCAAUGAAAAGUUACUGGUGAUCAAUUUCUGGCCGGUAGACGCCAGCAAAUUCGAUGCUGAUACGCACAACUUCGAUGCAACUCAUGGGCUUGCAUUUGAAAGCUGUCUGUUGAUUUCACAAGAAAUUAUAAAAAGAGAAGCUUUCGCCAAAUCUAUUCAGCUCGUUUUCGUUACUUCAGGAGUAGUUACAAUUCCUCAACCCGAUCGUCAUCCUACCAUUGUCAGUUCAGGUGCUUUCCCGUGGUCUGCUUCUGUAUUUGGAUUCAGGAGAACUUUCUCAGAAGAAAUAACAGCCCCAAACGCUUUUGUGGUUGAUUUGCCUAACGAUCCCUGCGAUGACGAUUUUUAUACAAUGGUAGAAGAUAUGAGAAAAGCAACGAUGGAAGAAGAACUUGUCUAUAGAGAUGGAUUUUGUUAUGUUAAUCGCUUUAGGAAGUUGGAUUUGGACGGCGGAAAUUUUACCAAGGAGGAGUCUCCUGUCACGCAAGAUGGAGCACAAAAGCCUUUCAAGAUGACAAAGAUGCCAGGGCAGUGGUUUUUACAGAAAACAUCCAACGAGCGGAUAAAAGGUGAAAUGAAAAUUGAAGUCUACUUCGCCUGUCCAAUUCUUCAUAAGCCUUGGCUUGACCUCAAAACGAAUGAUCGCGUUACCUUCGCAGGAAAAUUCUGUAAUAGGCACAAAGAAGAACAAAAUUGCUUUGUGGUUGGCGUUUGUAAAAUUGAUGACCUGGGGAGCUAUGUUGAUGGAGAGAAAUGCUGUUUCACAGAGAUAAAAGAUAACAUCACUGCUCAGCAAGCUGCUUCGCUUGGUUUUCCACUGACAAUGUCCUACCAUAUUCUUAUAAAUCUUCUUAGGAAUAUGCAACGAAAGAAAGUCCUUAUCCAUCAUCAAAGCGAGGAAGUUUGCUGCAUCUUCGCAUGCGUUGCCAUGUCUUUGGAUAUAAAUGUCGUGUGCCUUGUCAAAGAUGGAUCCAGUAAAGACCGAAUUAAAAAAUUUGGAGGUAUAUCAGUUAUAACUGCAGAGGAAAUGGCAAGAUCGGAAUUAAAUGGUACUAGUUCAAUGGAUUUAGACGCAGUUUGCCUUCUUAGUGAGACCAGUACGCAUGUUUGCCGUCCAAUAAUGAAGCGCCUUAAACCAGGCGCUAGUGUGAUCAUUGUUUAUGGAGAAGAAAAUGUCAAAUUCAACCCGUUCAUUCACGGCAAAGAUGUCCAGUGUUCUAUGACCAGUUUGGAAGAUAUCACUGAUAAUUCUGAGAGCUUUUCAAAGUUAUUGGUUACGUGUUGUUCUGUGUUGAAAUCAAGAGGACUUAUGGAAAGAAUUUUGAAACUUUCUCCGCUAGUAUCUAGUAUAUAUGACGUCACAAACGACGAAUUUAAGAAUACAAAUUCUUAUUUGGAAAGAGAGAAGGAAAUUUGCUUCCACACAGUUUCUUUGAAGCCUAAACACACUCCUGAGAAAGCAGUUUUCUACAGUUUACCAAUAGACACAAGCGGUUUGAAAGAUGAUCGCACUUACCUUGUAAUUGGCGGUGUUCGUGGUUUUGGAUUCGAGGUGGCCAAAUGGAUGGUUGAAAAUGGUGCAAAAACAGUCAUAUGUACAGCUCGUUCAGUACCAAGUGAGGAAAAAAAAGCCGAUGUUCAACGUUUGCAGCGGGAGACUGGAUCACAGAUUCUUCUAAGACAGGCAGAUGUUACAUCUUGGAAAGAUAUGAAUGUAAUUAAGGAAGAACUUGACCGUUUGCCUGCUGUAGCUGGAAUUGUUUUCACCGCCAUGGUUUUGGAAGAUCAGUUGCUCAAAGACGCCGACAUGAAAACAUGCAAAAAGGUUGUGGAGACAAAAGUAAAAGGUGUGUUUUCGAUCAUGUAAAUUUAUUUUUAUUUUCUCAUCUUUAAUAUAACGAAACUUUAAUAUAAUGAAUAUAAUGAAUAUGGUAUGAUGUGGCGGUGUGAGGUGAUGGUAUUCUCUUAUAAUCCAUGUCAAUAAACAUGGCCAGAAAUUUGUGAGAAACAUUAGUCAUUUUAAUUUAAUAUGGCGGAGCAGGAAACGAGUUUUCACUAUUUGUUAUGUUUCCCGCCAAGAUAUACUGCAUUUACUAUGUAAAUCUACGUGACCACAAUGUAACCAACCAUGUUUAGUUUAAACGCUAGCCAUAUAACAAUGAUUACGUAUUUUUAUUAUACCUGGAUGUUUUACCUUAGGAUGCGUGAUCCUUCAUCAACUCAGUCUAUCGAUGGAUCUUGAUUUCUUCAUUAUGUUCUCCUCAAUAUCUGGUGUUCUUGGUAAUGUUGGUCAAGUUGCUUACGCCGCAGCCAACUCAUUCAUGGACCAACUAUGUGAAUAUCGCCAGCACAAACUUGCCCUGCCAGCGCUGUCUGUCAACUGGGGACCAAUCAUUGGUGCUGGGGUGCUCGAGAGGAAUGCAGACAUAACAUCAAUUCUUGAAACAAAUGGAUUCUAUGCUCUACACUACACAACAG